GGCAAAAAGAUGACAUCCUAAAAAGAGAAUUUACAUAAAAUAGAGGGUUUUAUUGUAAGUAACUCGCUAUCUUUCGGUUAUCUUCGGUUUGUAAUUUUUCAUGAUCUUCUUCGACUUGUAGAUUUAAGUUUUGAAUUCGUUCACCAGAAUUCAGAACUUGAUACUGAUCAAUUGAAUUUUCACUCAUCAAUUUGCAACGAUUUGAUCUACGGAGGCUUGACGAGGUGGAUUGGAGCCAGAGGAAGGGCGGAUCAUCUCGAAGUAGAAGAUCUCGAUUUUGGAUCGCUCGGAAAACUGAUCAAAUGGAGGAGAAAAACGGAUCAUCAGAGGUAGAGAUCGGAGAGAAAGACGAAACGAAGAAGCAAUCAAAGGAUCUUGAGUUCUUAAGCUGUAUGAUGCAGCCAAAAACAGCUGAUUCAGAUCCACACUACAUCGGAAUCCGCCGGAUUCUUCUUCAUCGGAAAGCUGAUUCUGGCGUUAUCUCUCGCCGUUAUGAUUGGAGAUGCAAUGGAAAAGGAUAUGUUGCUUAUCGUAAUUUCAUUAGCAAACCUAGAAAAUGGGAGAAUCUGCGAACGCCUAGUCUCUUAAGUAGUCCAGGAAACAGUGGUCGAUGGUUACCUUCUCCAAGUCCUCUCUCGCAUCAAUUUGAAGCUGAAAGCUUUACUUCUAGUAGAGAUUUAAGGAGUGUGAAUCAGGUUUCAAGUCGUAGAGCGAGUUUUAGCUCAAGUUUGAGUGAUGGUGAUAAUUCAUAUCGUCGUGGUGGUGUUGAACAUGCUUAUUCUUUUGUUGGAAUGCAUUGCAUCUUCGAUCAAUGCAAAUCUUCUGUUACUGUUCUCAAGUUUGGUCAUAUGAGUUCUGAUAUACUUGCAUAUGGAGCAUCAGAUGGAAGCUUAACAGUUUGUAGUCUCUUAGAAGAGCCUUCUGUCCUCAAGCAGUUGACAGGUCACUCUAAAGAUGUCACAGAUUUUGACUUCUCGUCAAACAAUCAAUACAUCGCGUCAUCAUCACUUGAUAAGACAAUACGAGUAUGGGAGUUGUCAAGAGGCGUUUGUAUUAGAGUUAUAUAUGGAAUCUCUCCACAGUAUUGUAUCCGUUUCCACCCUGUUAAUAACAAUUUCCUCUCUGCUGGCAAUGCAAACAAGGAACUCACGGUGUUCAAUUUCAGCACUGGGAGAAUUAUUAAAAAACUGUUGUUUGAGGAUGAGGUGACAUCUAUGGACCAUGAUCACACUGGCCAAAUAAUUUUCUGUGGAGAUGGGCAGGGAACUGUAUAUUCAGUAAGCAUGGAUUCGCAUACAGGGUCAUUAUCCCGGUCUCAUCGUCAUCGUACAAAUCACAAAUCUCCUGUCACCACUGUGAAGUACAGAAGCUUCUCCCUCCUGGCAUCAGGCCCUGUUCUGCUCACAUGUACUCAGGACGGAAACUUGAGUUUCUUUAGUGUUGCCCUUCAGAUAAAAGGUUAUUUGACUUUGCGUUGCUCCCUCAAAUUAGCCCCGCGAAUACACAGAAUCCAAGCAUCGUUUUGCCCGCUAUUAUCACUAGAGAAAGGAGAAUACAUAGUUGCUGGAAGCGAAGACUCGAAUGUCUACUUCUAUGAUCUAACCAAACCGAAGCACACAUGUGUAAACAAGCUACAGGGUCACAGGUUUCCAGUAAUGUGUGUUGCGUGGAACCAUGGGGAGAACUUGUUGGCUUCGUCUGAUUUCUAUGGUGUUGUCAUUGUAUGGAAAAGAGCAAAGACAAGCUCAUAAGGUUUGUCUAUAAUAUUAUAAAUGAAUCUAAAUCCGUCAUUUUUGCCACAAAGGCUUUGGGUUUGGCAUCAUCUCUGUAUCGCUAAUCUCAAAACUGUGUCAAUUUAGUUUCCCAUCUCUUAUAAAGAUAUAGUUCUGUGACACUCCUAUGCACAGAUUCAAUAGCUUAAAUGGUUGGAACAGACACGUCCUUAAUGAGUUAAUAACUCUUUCCAUAGAUAAGUUGGUAGACAAUUUGAAGAGAUCAAGUUAAUUGUACUCGCAAUGUUUUUUGUUUUGUCACAUUAUCAUGAACCAGAUUAAUUAUCAGUAAAAUUAAUGAAGAUUACAUAAACAACAUUCCAUUGUAGUCUAGUUGGUCAAGAUACUCAGCUCUCACCCAAGAGACCCAGGUUCAACAAGUUCCGGCAAGCUGGUUCAUCUAAUUCUUCAGGGGACCAAAUGGAAUAUGAUACUUGGUUCUCUUAGAGAAAUGUGGCUCUAGGAUUAUAUUGAAUUCAAAUUAUGUAACUGAUGAGCAUUUGGUGCUUAUAUUAGUGUGGAAGUGGUUGGACUAGAUAAUCAUGCUAAUAAUUA